AAUCACCAUGUCCUCUCAUCCGACGGAUCCUCUUCCCUCUUCAGACGACCUCACCAAAGCCAAGUCAUGCACUCUGGUGAACGCCGAAGGCAAGGAGCAUGCCUUUGGCUCUCUCCUCUCCACCUCACCUGACGCAACGGACAUCAUCCUCUUUGUCCGCCACUACCACUGUGGGGCCUGUCUCUCCUUUUUGCAAUCCUUCUUCUCACACCCAGAGGCACAGAGCUACAACGUCGUAGUCAUUGGGCACGGUGAUCGCACUCUGAUCCCCGCGUACGUUCAGAAGGUCCAGAGUGGCGUAAAGGACGGUGCUUCUCCGCCGAGCAUUCGUGUCUACUCUGACCCGACGAAAUCACUCUACCAUUCCCUCGGAUUCACACGUCGCAACCUCAAGCUCGGGGAGAAAACGCCAGAGUACUAUGGAGAGGGCAAGGGGCACACGGGAAUGGUUCUCGGGUCGAUUGUGGAUAUGGUCAAGAGUGGGCCGAGCGCGAUUUGGAAGAGUGGAGACUUUGCGCAGUUGGGCGGGGAAGUGGUGAUCAAGGGGAAUGAGGUGGUCUAUGCGCACUAUAUGGAGACUACGACUGAUCAUACGGAGGUUGCGGAGCUGUUCAGGAGCGCGGGGGAGUCGCAUGGGGAGAAGUGAGCAGCAUGAGGGUGCGAGGGGGAGAGAGGGGCGCAGCGAUGCUCGAUGUCGACAAGACCGAACUACGAUACCCAUCAAUUACACCUUGACGGCCACCGCGACCUGGUCUGAUUGUCCCUCCCCCUCCGUCUCUCUUGCCUUCAC